AAGUCUGUUACCAUCAGGAAACAGGCUGAACACGGCAGGGGAAGUAGAAGACUUCCACGGCUCCUUAAGUGUGCAACAAAGAAACUGGUUGGAGAUAAUGCAGGAGAGAUAAUGAGAUGUGUUAUGAUGAACAAUUGCAUGAGCCAGUUUAAUGGAACUGGACAGAAAUGAAAAAUUGGAACACCCCUUUACCAAAUCAUCCUUUGUAAGUUUAAACAAUCUGCUGCACGCAUAGCAUCGAAGAAAACUAUCUCGUUUGAGACAAUUAAACGAGAAAUUUUAGACGUUUCUAUGGUUUGCUCCAUUGCUUCCUGGAGGAACUAAUUAUGCUAAGAAAAAAGGGAAAAGAAGUCAAAUCAAAAAGAAGAUGAAUCUCUAUCAGAUUCGGAAUAAUAUGGGCUGAUUUUUCAAAAAUGCAAAUUUUGUCUGUAAAAAAAACCUGUUGUUUAUUCUAUUUUAUUACGGUUCAGGUUUUUAAACAUGUUCAGUUUAUAUAAAACAUUAGUGAAAGGGUUUGAAAACAUUUAUCAGAAUUGUUUGAAGAAUGUCUUAAAUAAUCUCGUAAAACUGAAUUUUAGAUACUCUCAAAAUGUUUCCAUAAAUGUUCUCAAAACAUUCUUCUAAAUGUUCUCAAAUGGUUUCUUUAAAAUGUUCUCAAAAUGUUUCUUAUAAAUGUUCUGAAAGUGUUUCUUAGAAAUAUUUUGAUAAUGUUUCAUGAAAUGGUUUUAAAACAUUCUGAUUAAAUGUUAUUUAGAAAUGUUUUAAACAUGUUUCUGAGACCAUACAAAAUCACUUGAAUAAAACAUUUUGUAAAAUGUUUUUCCAACAUUUUUUAAAUGUUUUUAAAACAUUGCUGUGCUACCUGGGAAAGACCGAAUAUAAAGAAUACGGGACGUUUCGCCCCUGAGGACGUUUCGUGCUUAGAUGAUUCGCCCCAAAAGACGAUUCACCCUGAGACGUUUCGCCCUCAGACGAUUCGCAAUUUGAUAUUAAACUUACAUUGGUGACUGUCUUUAUUUUCUUUAAUUUGUAGAUUAAUGUUUAUAAAUAUCCAUACUGAUUAAAAAAUAAGUUAAUAGUCUAUGUUAUAGAAAUAAUCAAACGUGGAAUUAUAAAUAUUGGGAUUAACACUCUCAACAAACUAGGUAAGUGAUGAAAGCGAGAUUAAAGACAACUACCGCGAUGGCGGUACCACUUCAAACAUUAAGUUAAUUGCAUCUAUAUUUUGCGGAGAGAUCUGAGCUAUCAAAUGCUUUUAAAAAAGGCAUUUCAGAGCUUUUGUUCCAUACAUAUGAAAAAUGUAUAUUAGUGCAAUUGGGAGCAACAAUUUCUUCAAAUGAACAAUUAAUAUGAAUUGUAAUUUUUGCAUGGUCAGAAAGCACUGGUAUGUGAUCAUGUACAUAGAAGUAUACACAUUAUUGGCAAAGGAAUUUGAAACUAAACAGUAAUCAACAACACUAUUUCCAUUGUAUUGGAAAGAGGUAAACUUUCCUGAAAGAUCACCAAAUGUUCUGCCAUUCAAAAUUUGUACAUCAGUAGAAACACACAAAUCUAUAAGGUCUUUUCCCCUCUCAUUACAUACAUCAUCAUGACUGAAUCUUGGGGGUAAAUUGUAACCCACAUCAUCAUUAGGCAUAGGUACAUAAUAGUCAAAAUUUACAUUUUCUGUUUCAGUGGAUGUUCUUGCAUUCAAAUCACCACAUAAUGAUUCAGAGUACUGCCAUUGGUAAACAAAAUUUACCGUUGGUAGAAUUUCUUACCAUUGGUGUGACAUUGGUGCCAAUGUUUACCAACAAAAAUUGUCGAUGGUAACUUAUUUUGCAGACAUAUUAAGUUUCCUAACUUGCCAUAUUUUAUAACAUCUGAAUUUAACAUGCUCAUGACAUCUAGGUUAUGUCUAACUACAUACGAGGAAUUGGAAGGUGGCAUAUAUACAUAACAAACAUAGAUAUCUUUGUUAAAACCAAAGUAAGUUUUACAGAGUUUUAGCCACUGAAUUUCACUACUAGAGUUUUUCAAAAUUGUGACCCCUUUUUUAACAUCUUUGUUAAUCAAUAAAAUCAAUAAAAUCAUUCCUCCAGAAGUAGGAAAACCAUUUUCACAAUAAAUAUCAAGGUCAUCAUGUUUGGUUUCUUGCAAGUCAUAAUUAGAGAUUUCCUCUAAAAAUGUUUUGUCUGUUGAUUUAUCAAACAAGGAAUUUUUUAAGGAGUGAAUGUUCCAACUUCCGAGUUUCAAGUGUUUUCUCACUUUUCUGACAGUCAUAUCAUCCGAUAGAGUUCAUCCCUCAGAUUGUUUGGCAGGAUGAGAGUUCCUCUCUUUGUUAGGUGUUUUCUAUCAUUCAGGAUGCCCCUUGCAGUGUCAGAAUUGUGUUGGUCCUAACUCUUGAGUACAUAUCACAGCGUAAAAGCGUGUUGUAGUUGUGACCUUGAUUUCUCCGAGACUGAAUUAUAUUGUUUAGGUAAUUGGGAGUCAUGUUAUGGUAUAUCUUGUGGAGUUGAAUAAUUCGAUGAUUUUCUCUACGCUUUGACAAUGGAUCCCAUCCCGUUUCUGUAUUACUUAAACAUAUGACUAUAAAUCAUAUAUAAAAUGUUUAAGCUGCCCUGUCCAACCAGACUUUUAUAUCAUUAAAUUUGAAUGCUUUAUAUCAAAAGGAAACUUCAAUCACACUCAAGUACUAAUUAAAAUCAAGAUCUAAUUUGAUUGAGGAAAUUCGGCGUACAUGGACUAGCAUCAUGUCUGUCUAUAUAUGUUAACAUCAAAUGUAAUCAGACAAAACUUCUUAGUUAUAUCGAUAAUAACCAAAGUAAUUGGAAAAUGCAGGGACGUUUCGCACCGCAAAUAGGGGCGAACCGUCCUAGUGCGAAUCGUCUGAAAACGAAACGUCUUUCGGUGCGAAACGUCCCAUUACCAAUAUAAAGAACCCCCUCGUUCAAAACUGAUUGCGUCACGUUCUGUAGAGGUACAUUAGGAUUUCCCCCCUACUGUACACUUCUGUCCACACAACUCAGGUCAAAGCUUUAAAAUAGUCCUCACAUAAGUCACUGUACACGUUUUGUCAGCCCUCUCUCGUCGCUGGGCAUGUUUGCGGGACUAAUUUUACACUCUCCUCAUUACUAGGAACACCUUUGUCGUCCAUGUGCUACACAUGCUUCUCAUCAAUCGUAUCACUCUUGAGAAAAGGAAGAUUGGGUAUUGAAACAGAAUUUCGGUUAUUGGACGUAGGAGAAUCUGUAUUAGCCUAGUAGAUCUAGCUGUUUUUAGCAACCCAUUCAUUGAAACAUUUUAAAUUGAUUUUCUAAAACCGAAAGUAGGGAAGAGUUUCGUGGAAGAUUCUAGAUGAUGGACACUGUCGAGGAGCUUCGUCAAGAUGUAGAGGAAAUGAGAGAUAUGCUAGUGAAAGCCACCCGUUCCAGAGUGAAGGAUAUAAUUGGCAUCGAGGUGAGGAAGUUAGAACUUGAGUUGAUGCGACUGACAAAAUUGACCUCAGAACCUGUCAAGUCCGGCGAGGAACCACCCAAAAAGACAAGGCCUCAAAUCCAAACGAAGACCAUACAUACCUAUGCCUGGGAUCAAUCUGACAAAUUCAUGAAGAUCUAUGUCACAGUCAAUGGGGUUCAUUCCCUUCCGAAAGACAGAAUUACCUGUGAAUUUGGUAAGAGGUCAUUCCGAUUACAAGUAGAGGAGGAGGAAAAUAAACGCCGUUCUGAGCUGUAUAUCUCCACACUGCUGGAUGAUAUUGUCCCAGAAGAUAGCUGGUACAAGGUAAAAACAGACACAGUCCUUCUGAUGCUGAAGAAAAGUACAGUGGGGAAGACCUGGCCAUAUGUCACCUCUGGGGAGAAGGCUGCCAAGAAAGCCAUGGAGGAAAAGGAGAAAAAGCCAAAAGUUGAUGAUGAUAAAGAUCCCAAUGAUAGCAUGAUGGACAUGCUCAAGAAGAUGUACGAUGAAGGUGAUGAUGAUAUGAGGAGGACCAUUGCCCAGGCUUGGACUCAGUCACGUGAUAAACCGGGUGCUCCUUGAUUAUCUUCCUUGGGGUUUUGCUAUAAUAACAAAAGACAUUUCUAUGAAACUGUUUAAGUAUUGAUCAAGCUGAGAAUGCAUUACAAAAACCAUCCAUCAAUGUCAAUACCACGUAGAUGUAUGUACAUUGUACUGAUGGCUAUCAUUUUUGAAUAAAAUAAUUUUAUUUAAACAUGU